CUGAGAAAAACAUGGCCAAUAUCACGAACGCCUCGUCAACAACGGUUUCUUCGGAUUUCCGUCCUCUUGGGAAGGACUUUUGCGUGUUGAUUUUGCCUGAUCCAGAAUUCGACAAAGCAGCAGAACGCUUUACUACUAAUCUUGUAACAGGUGUUAUAAAUGCAGUGUUGUCGCCGUUCGGUGUAGCGGCAAACUUUCUCAUCAUCCUGGUUAUCAGCAGAAAGAUAUCUCUUCGGACACCCUUGAACGUGUUGCUAGGAUGUUUAGCUGCUUCCGACUUUCUCGUUGGUUUGCUUGUUCAGCCAAGUUACGUUGCCUUCAGAUUAAUAGAGAACCAGCACAGGUCUGUCCCAUGCGCUUUACGGUUGUUCUACUCCACCGGGUUUUUCGUGUGCUAUGGCGUUUCUCUUGUUAUUUUAUGUGUCAUUAGCUGGGAAAGACUCCUUGCACUGCUAUUUCCGCUAAAGUACUCGCAUCUAAUACGUUUGUCAAGAAUCUUUAAGCUUAUAAUUCUCAUUUGGUUGGCGAACAUCUUACUGACACUUCUGCAGUGGGCCCAUACCGAGGUGGCCAGAGGCAUUCAUCUUGGCUCAUGGUUGCUUUUAUUAAUAGCUGCGGUUGUAAGCCAGUUGAGAAUCCUCCCAAUCAUUCGCUACCAUCAGCAGCAAAUCAAGAGACUUCAAUCAUCUUAUCCUCAAAUUUAUCUUCCGAAUCACACUCACAUGCAAGUAAAGUUUGCAGCAAACAUCGCAUGCAUUGUUACAGUUUAUUUGGCAUUCAAUCUUCCAGUCCUUCUCAUCACUACCGUCCAUCAAAUUGUUCACAUUGAUAUAAAUACCUACGAUUUAUACAGUUGGGCCGAGACAGCUGCGUUUUUUAACUCCUCUGUUAACCCAGUAAUAUGCCUUUGGAGAGUGAAGCUAAUUCGCAAGGGGAUCAGGGAACUUUGCACCUGUCGAGAGGAGAGAAAAAUUCCCAGAUAUUUGUCCAACACUACAUUAUCAGACAAAGGCGUUUCUCUAGUAAGAUUCAGACGUUGCCAAGAACCAUCGAUAGUCAUAAUCGUCUCGAAUAACGAUUUGUCCGAUAAUGGAGACGAAAAGUUCCCUAAAUAA